GGUCAACCAACGGGUCAACGGAUGUUUUUAGUGACAAAACCCAAAAACUGGGAAAAGAAAAACAGCAAACAUGUCGAGAAACAAGUUUACGCUGCUGCACUGCGUGUCGUCUUUUUUACUCGUCGUCUCCGGCAAGUCGACCUCUCCCCUCGUCGGUGUUCAUCCAUUAGAUGAAAAAUAUUUCGACUCAGACAUUAUCAGAUGCAAAGAUGGUUCCAAAUCAUUUCCUAGAGACCGUCUCAACGACAACUUCUGCGAUUGUCUCGACGGCACCGAUGAGCCUGGAACUUCGGCAUGUCCAAAUGGCAAAUUUUACUGUAGGAACAUAGGAAGUUCUCCAAAGUUUGUUUACUCUUCUCGUGUGAACGAUCGAAUAUGUGAUUGCUGCGAUGGAAGCGACGAGUACGAAAGUGGCAUUCAUUGUCCCAACACAUGUAUAAUGGGUGGUAACGUUAACUAUAUCUACAAACCUAGAACUGACCGUAAAUCUAUUGAUAGGCAACUCGGUUCAACAAUAGAUCCAAAGGGAUCGAAAACCACAGUUAAUCUUCAGGAGAUGGUCAAGAAUCUCCAAGGUAUGAAGCUUGUCUUUGCCCUUCAGCUAGUUUUGAUCAGUUUCUUGGUGAUCUUAUGGAUGCUUAGGCGUCGUGCUCGGUGUAAGAGAAGACGAUGUCUGCCGAAGAAUGUUCAUCCCAAUAGAUGAGCUAACUAACUCUUAGGGAACUCUGUGAUCAUAUAUAUAGUUUCUUGAAUCUUCUACGCAAUUUCAAUCAUUGUUUUCAUGUGUUGCUUUAAGGUUUGUCUUCGGACAAGAAACUAUAUUAAAGAUUAGAAUUGGAUCGAACAAAAACAUGUUGUGAUCUGUGAUCGCGUGUAUUAUUGUGGAACCGUAAUCAAUGUACGAAAUACGGAUGGUUUUCGU